AACAAACUUGAUUGCACGAAACACAAAGCCUUCCAAAAUGCUCCUAAAAAAAGGGAAACAUUUUAGAGAAGGUUAGAAUCCCAAGAGCUUUCGCACUCUCUCUGGACCUUACUUUUCAACUCUGCUUCAACCAACGACCCAAUACAGAGCUCUUGCUUCUCUCUUGUGCAGGGGCACUGAAGUGGCAGUAGGGCCUGAGUUGCCCUGUUUUGAGUGAGGUGGUUUCUUCCAAAUACGUGCCAUUUUGCAUUCGGUGUUGACAUUCAACAAACAAGUUUGGUAGGGAUAUCAACUGCUAUUCCCUCUCUUCUCGUAGUUUCUUCCUUAACUGUAGUUUUAACUUAUAAAGGGAAUUGACUUCAAAUAUGAAAGACACUGGGACCAAGAGGAGAAAUUCAGCUAAUGUUCAACCGAAGCAUCCUGGAAGAGCUGAUAAGAGAAACAAUAAACCAAAUCAAGGGAAUGGUGGCAAAAUUUUGAAGUCAAAAGAACCUGAAUCCAAAGCUUUAAGAGCUAGAUCAGACCCUAGUUCUAAAGUAAGUGAUUUGAAUGUGGGCUCGGAGCCUACUGAAGUUUAUGAAAACGUGAUUAUACACUAUGUGGAUGAUGUUAACAAGCCUGAAGAAACAUCUGCUGAUCCGAAAGGUAAUAAAAUGGCCACAAAAGUAAAAAAAGAUGAAGUUUUAGACGAUUGCUCCAGUGAUGUAGAGGGAGAAACAACCAGGGGAAAGGAAGAAGAAUCAGAUUCUGAGACAACAAAAGAUUCAAUAUCUUCUGUGGGAGAUCCCUCGACAGCUGAGGAUGAAAGGGAAGAGAGUAUUCCCAGAGUUUCUAAUGGUGUUCACAAUAACAACCUCACAAAUGGCUCUUCCCAUGAUUCCAGAAUAGAACCCAAUCAUGAAACUUAUAAGUUACACUCAAAGGCGUUGAAUAAUACUCCUAUGAAAUCUUCAAAAUCUAAUGGAGACCCUCCUAAGAAUGCUACUAAGAGUCCUUUAGAAAAAACAUCAAAACUUUCUCCUACUCCAUUUGAGUCUUUGGAAGUAUCUACUGACAAGCAUGCUGAAGAGCUGAUAGAAGUCGAUGCCUUAGAUGAGACAUCAAAUGGCACUCAAAGUUUUGCAGGUGACAAUGAGCCUGUUGAUGCCGAUGACAAAUUUCAAGUUGAAAAUGAGGCAGCUUUAAAUGAAAAGAUAAAAGAGAUGAAGACAAGAAUCGAUAAACUUGAAGCAGAGCUGAGAGAAGUAGCUGCCCUGGAAAUUUCUCUUUAUUCUGUUGUUCCAGAGCAUGGGAGCUCAGCACAUAAACUGCACACACCUGCUCGACGUCUUGCUAGACUAUAUAUACAUGCUUGCAAGCAUUGGGCUCAAAACAGACGAGCCACAGUUGCUAAAAACACCAUGUCUGGGCUUAUUCUGAUCGCAAAAUCUUGUGGUAAUGAUGUUUCGAGGUUAACUUUCUGGUUAUCAAACACUAUACUGCUGAGGGGGGUCAUUUCUCAAUCAUUUGGAAAUUCAUGCAACUCAAGGCCAUUUUCCCGGCAUUCUGAGUUGAUUGGCAGUAACAAAAGGGGUGAAGUAAAGUCUACAACUCUAAAAUGGAAAGGUGGUGCUGGUAGUAAACAAUUAAAUGGUUUUGGGCCGCUUGUCGACGAUUGGCAAGAGACAGGAACCUUCACCUCUGCACUUGAAAAAUUGGAAUCUUGGUUGUUCUCUCGAAUAGUUGAGUCAGUGUGGUGGCAGGCCCUUACUCCAUAUAUGCAAACUCCUCUAGAGGGUUCAUCCGUCAGCAGAACAAUUGGAAAGUUGUUGGGGCCAGCCUUGGGCGACCAACAGCAAGGAAAUUUCUCUAUCAACUUAUGGAAAAACGCUUUCCAAGAUGCUUUUCAACGACUUUGUCCUGUUAGAGCAGGCUGUCAUGAGUGUGGCUGCCUGCCAGUUAUUGCAAGAUUGGUUAUGGAACAGUGCGUUGCAAGGCUAGAUGUAGCAAUGUUCAAUGCUAUUUUGCGGGAGUCUGCUCAUGAGAUCCCAACAGAUCCUGUAUCUGAUCCUAUUGUAGACUCAACGGUUCUGCCUAUUCCAGCAGGAGAACUCAGCUUUGGAUCUGGUGCACAGCUAAAAAAUGCUGUUGGUAACUGGUCUAGAUGGCUGACUGAUAUGUUCGGCAUGGAUGGCAAUGAAGAUCAACCUACACAAGAUGAUUUCAGACAAAAUGGAGAUGGGGAACAUAAAUCCUUCCCUUUUCUUAAUUCCCUUAGUGAUCUUCUAAUGCUCCCAAAGGACAUGCUUUUGGACCGUUCGGUUAGAAAGGAGGUGUGCCCAUCUAUAGAUCUUCCAUUGGUUAAACGCAUUCUCUGCAAUUUCACACCAGAUGAAUUUUGUCCUGAUCCUGUUCCAGGGGCUGUAUUGGAAGCCUUGAAUGCUGAGACUAUUGUCGAGAGGAGAUUAUCGGGAGAGCAGGCUAGAACUUUCCCUUAUACAGCCGCCCUCGUUGUCUAUACUCCUCCAUCCUCCGCUGAUGUCGCGGAAAAAGUUACGGAGGCAGGAGGGAAAUCACCGAUGUCUAGGAAUGCACCGGAAGUACAGAGGAAAGGAUAUACCAGUGAUGAGGAACUGGAAGAAUUGAAUUCUCCUCUUACAUCAAUAAUUGAUAAAUUACCAUUGUCACCGACGAUUGUUGCCGAUGGAGGAGUGAAUGGAAACGAUGAGCAUGCAGGCUAUGGUGGUGCAACUGCAAGAUACGAACUCCUUCGCGAGGUAUGGUCCGGUUGAGAGUUUGUGUUGGUUCGUGUUUGUACAUCUCUUAUGUUUUGUAGCCAUGGAAAAGUGAAUGUAAAGGUGAGGAAACAUAAGUGAACAUUAUAGAUGAAUUAAAAUUAUAGGGAAAUUUCAAACAUGGUUUAAUGACUUGAAUGUGUACGGUGGGAAGAACUUGGUUUGAUUUUGUUGAAUGUGGAGAGAGCUUGAGAUCCAUUUGGUUUCAA